AUGACAGAUAAUGAGGACAGUGACCCCGACGUAACAGCUGACGGCACGGGCGACCUCGACAACGCGUCAUGGUUAGCAACACCAGCACUAGAAGACGAAAAUACAGCCGUUGAAAGCUGUAGUGACUACAAACGACUACACUCUCCACAUACACAAUCAAAAAUAAACAAUAAUAUAAUAAUGAUAACAAGAAAUGUAGGAGUCUCACGAUACUCUCUACAAUUAAGGCAUGAUAAUAUUGUAAUAUUCACCGAUUUAAACGGCACACCGUGCGAUACUGGUGCUAAACUAUUAGAACAAAUAAAACUUAUUUCGCACGUAAAAGAUAUAACUUUAGCUAGUGCCAAGGUAAAUAACAUAGGCAAAAAUAAAUUAUCAAUUAUCCCUAUAAAGGAAAACAUCGCAAACAGCACAAAAUUAAAAACGAUAUACGAGGCAAUUGGUUCCUUGCUCUCGGUAGUAAGAGAGCUUAACUUAAAAUCCGUUAGCAUCGCCAAGACACAAUGCUUGAACGGCAUAUUAUGGCCUCGAAUUCAAAAGAAAUUAUGUAACACGUUUGAUUCAGAAAAAUGCUGUAUUACUAUCUGUUUAAACCAAAUCUUAGUUCCUAUGUUAGAACUGCGGGAAGAAAUCCUUGCCGAAUGCAACUCCUCGCCUAUUAGUAGGCACAAAGGCGUCACAAAAACGUAUAAUAAAAUUCGACAUAAAUAUCAUUGGCCCAAUUUGAAAAAGGACAUUCGUGGUUUUAUUAAAAAUUGUAAAAGUUGUCAGUUAAAGAAGUUAGUAAGAGUAAAGUCCAAAGAGCGAAUGAUACUUACUGAUACACCGGGAGCRGCGUUCGACAAAAUAUCCGUGGACAUGGUCGGGCAACUCCCUGAAACGAAAUCAGGAAAUAGAUAUAUUCUCAAAAUACAAGACGCACUUACUAAAUAUUUUAUUGCAACGCCAUUAAAGACAAAUACGUCUAUAGAUAUUGCCGAAGGAUUAGUCUAUAAUGUUUGCAAUGUUUUCGGGGCACCACGAUCCAUAUUGACUGACCAGGGAGCGAACUUUACUAGUUCACUUUUAAAGGCAAUAGCCAAAAAAUAUAAUCUAAAACAAAUAAGAACAACAACGUUUCAUCCUUAG